GUGGACGAUGCGAUCGCUCGAGAGCUUCGCCAUCCCAGUCAUCACUUUCAGCCCAACUUAACUACUUCGCUUCUUAGCUGAUCAUGAGGGUUUGACGCCGCUGAGACAAUGUUUAGCAUCGAGGACUACGUGAACUUUCAAUAUCCCCUUACCAGACCAUACAGACAGCGUUGGAGAUAUACUACGCAUGUGCUGCUCGUGUUUGCCUGCAUCAGUCUUGUCGGGUUUGCUGCGUUGAAUGUUGCCCUCGUAGGCUACGAUGUAGUCACGGUGAUCUCGGACAACUUCAAUGCCUCGUACAGCGCAUCCUGGACCUUGUCAUGGGAUGACCAGAUUCAAGGCUGUCAGACUCACAUAUACCAACUUGGAGACUCGUUCAGAACCAACAACUCCGCAUUUACAUACUCCAUAUACAAUGUGAUGUCGACGUCGAAUUCUUCUGGAGGGUCGGGUAACGUACAAGGCAGCUUCUCCUAUGCCAACAACUCGCUCGCCAACUGUGAUGUGACGUCGAUAGAGCUGAAUGUACUGCCUGGAGAUAGGUCAGUAGGAGCCAACGUAGCGAUCUCCUGCCCCGAGUUGGGGUUUGAGGCCAGUACGUCGUGGGGUUAUACGAAUUACCAACCUGUCGGCGCUUUAGCACCUUCAACCUUUGCCUACAAUAGUCUGGCACGAGCAACAUGGGACGUGUUGACCGGUUUCGGGAGUGAUGCUUAUUGGCCUAUCUAUUACGGUCAAUAUGUCUUCAAUGGCACCAGCCCUACGCAGCUCCUUUACCGAGUCACUACCCUGUUCACGCCAUCGAAUAAUAGCCUCAACAAUGAGGAGCCGUCCCUCAGCAUCUCGUGGUAUAAUGGCAUCUCCUUGACCAACCUGAGCAUAGUAGCGAACACGGGAAACUACGCGCAGACAGUGACAGCUGGGACGUCGACGUUGCAGAACUUAGCUCAGGCCCUAUAUGCAUCCAUCCGCUUGGAUCUUGGUCAUUGGACAGCCAAUAACAUACUCACGAAUAAGUUAGCGUACGAUGCUGUCAUCCAACCGGGCCAAUCUUUUGCCGACAGUACUCUCAACAGCAACACAGCCCCCGCAUAUGUCAACUUUACCUCUCCUCCAGCUGUAGAUGUCUCAACACCACCUUCCGUGGCUCAGAUGCAGUACACAUGUACGAUUCGGCAAAUGAAAACAGGAGGGUCCAUGUUCAUGAGCGUUGCUGCGGCUACUCUGGCCAUGUUCUUAUCAGCGUGGGGCGCAAUCACAGCGAUAUUGUCUUCCGUCGCCAGAAACGGUCCAGGAGGUGCUUACGCAUCAAGAGUUCUACGCAUGACAACGCUCACAUGUUUAUAUCAGCGAAUACCUGCAUUGAAUGCGGCGGGGCCGGAGUGUCCCACGGGAACCCCCAUCAGGCGGAUCUGAGUACGAGCAGCGGGCACCCAGACCAUAACCUAUUAACUCCUUCGCCAUUUGCUCACAGUUUCAUUCCUCCUCCAGUCACAGCGCCCUCACUUUCUCGAAGACAGACAUUAUCUUCCCUUGGGCAAGUUUCUCUGGAUCAAGGCCAUGGGGUUUCAUCCUAUGAAUCAAUACCGCUGGUGCCGCUACGACGUACUGGACUGUCUGGCAGCAGUAGGAGCGUUGCGAGAAAAAUCUCCUCCUUAAUGCGCGACAUACAAAACCUGUUUCGCUCAACAGGCAGGGACUGACUAUUCAUGGGGUUUUCCAAUGUCAAUGUGCUGAACAUAUGUUGCCUCUUUCGGAGACUGUGUAAUGAUU